AUGUCCUAUAUUUUGGAAAUAACGCUGACCCAAGCAUUGUCGGGUCCGUCAUUCGAGGGAAAGUUAUCGAUCCAACGACAGCUAGAAGAUAUUUUCUAUCGACUAAGGCAUCACUACAACCAGUUAAGCGAACUACAAUUUUUGGCCACUCACUAUGGUAGUAACUCAUACACCAUGCGCCCUCGUUCCCUCUUGCACCAGGUUUAUCAUAAUAUGACACAUUGA